AUGCGACGUUAUAUUCUGAUUUUUCCGGUACUCUGCGCCGCUGCCCUCUUUUUUGGAUGCCAAUCCAAGGUGCUGCAGAUGUUGAUUGAGCCACAGGAAUAUUACAACUAUGCUGUCACAGAAGGGGUCACCUGUACGUCACCGGAGAUGAUAGAUGGCGACGUGAAGACGAGAGGAUACGCUGACGGACGCUGGAUUCAUCUAAAUCUUCCGACUCGAAAAGCCAUUCACCGGAUCACCAUCCGCGGGACUAAUAUCACAAGGGCUUUGAUAUAUAAGAAAUUAGAAGGCGAAGGACGUUGGCAGGCAAUUCAACAGAUUGCGUACAACGAGAGUCCGGUCAUUGACAGGCGCGUCAGUGGUGUUGUAACGGAUGCAAUUCGUAUCUACAUCAGCGGUACCGCUGAUGAUGAAAAGAAAGCCAAUCAGUAUGAUCCGAGACGUGGUGAAAUCGUUACCGCAAAUAAAGUUAGGUAG